CCCAGCGGGGCAAAAUGGCCGAGGCCAACACAAGCGAUGGAUCCGCUGGAGAUAGUGAUCAAGACUUUGACCCCUCCGCUGAGAUGCUCGUUGAUGAUUAUGACGACGAGAAAACUUUAGACGAGGAGGAAGCUUUGGAGAGUGACGCCAGCGACGACGAACUGAACACGCUGCAAAAAGAAAGCGACAUGCCGCUAGAAGACCUUCUUGCCAUGUUUGGGUACAAGGAUGGAGAGCGGGUCGGUGGUGAGCCCGAGUCCGAGGAGGACGACGAGUCCGACGAGGAGGAAGAGGAUGACGACGACGUUGCUGCGGAAGUCCCAGUGGAGGCUUCUGCCCCCAAGGUGGCAGCGGACAAGCCGGCGACAGAGCCGCCAAAGAAAGAGCCCGUGCCGAUGCUGGCACCAAAGGAGGCACCCUCCUGUGCCGCACCGCCCACCCUGGCACCGCCGCCGUCUGUCGAGUCCAAAGUGGCAACGACCACGAAGACUCCGUCCCCCGUCACCCGAGCGACGCCCACACCUCCCCACCCGCCAUCGAGGCGUGAGCACCGGACUACAUCCACGGCUCAUCUGCUGCGAUCUGUCUCUCAUGCGAGUGAAUCUUCAAAUUCUGACUCCGACGAGGACUUCACGCUCGAGGAGUACUGGAAGAAGAACUCAAACUUCAAUGAUGUCAACAUACUGGGACCAGCAUAUGCAAGAGUUCCACAUCAGACAAUACAAGUUGGUUCAGAAUACCAAGCCACCAUUCCUGUUGGGCUCUGUAAAUAUGAUGAUGCGCCAGCUUAUGAAAAUGAAGACCGAUUGCUCUGGGAUCCAGCCAAGCUCUCGGAUAGCGAUGUGGAGGAGUACCUUUGCACGGCUCUGGAGCCGACGGCAAAUGCCGUGGGGGGCAUGAACUCGUUACCACUGGGAAGCCACACGAGAGAUGACGAACAGGCACUGUACCUGCUGCUGCAAUGCGGACACAACAUUGAGGAGGCACUGCGGAGGCGGCGGAUGAACCCCACCAUACCCACAAUGGGACAGAGUGUCUCACUGCCUGAUCCCUUUCCCACAGAGAUGAGCCUCUGGUCUGAGGAAGAGUGCCGGAGCUUCGAGAGCGGCCUUCGGCUGUACGGCAAGGACUUCCACCUCAUCCAACUCCACAAGGUCCGUACACGGUCGGUCGGCGAGCUCGUACAUUUCUAUUACCUGUGGAAGAAGACGGAACGGCACGACAUCUUUGCCAGUAAGGUGCGCCUCGAAAAGAAGAAGUACGCCCUGCAUCCCGGAACCACGGACUACAUGGACCGCUUCCUGGAUGAGCAGGAGAACUCCCAGCAGCAGCAGCAGCAGCAACAGUCACAGCUGCAGCAACGCGACCGGUCCACAAGCCCAAGCGAGGCGAAGCGGCCGAGGCUCGCACUGCCCAUGCAGCUUGCGAGUCAGCUGGUCGGUCCCCAAGAAAACGGUCGCGAAGCGUCCUCCACUGCGACUUCGCUGACGGUGACCGCUGACCCGACGCGCGAAAAUGGCCGCGACCGGCUCUGGACGGCGCCGGCAAGCUCAUCGGACGAAGAUGAUUUGCCGCUUAUUGCCACCACCGUGAGACCAGCUCUCAGCAAAGUGGCAGUGACUGCGACAGCGACGGCUGUUGCGCCAAGUGGGAACGUUGUACAGGUCCUGAACAAGAUGGCAGCCACCAGUCUGGUUAGCACGGCGUCGGCAACACAGCCCGUCGUCGGGGCGAUCGAACGGCCUCACCCGGAGGUUCCCGACGAGUGACGUGGCGGCAGGAGCCACCAGUGUUCCGCAUGCAGAAUCUCUCUGCUCCUUCGCCAUUGCAUCCAUCCCUCCAUCACACAUUGAGAGUCGAUUAAAGAAAAAGAAAAUCGCAGAACUGGGACCAAACAAAGCGCUGUCGCAGCGCGAACAGCGUUUUCACGCCAUGAAAAACUGCUCCGGUGCUGUGCGGGUGGAGCAUUUCGUGUUGUGCGCUGUGGUGACAAGUGCCGUAGUUGCUCUUUACUUAACGCACAGUUUGCCGGGACAUCACGCCCCCGUGUUGGACGGUGAACGGGGAGAAGAGAAAAAGCUUGUGGGAUGUGAUGUGUGUUUUCUCGUGUGGCUCGUGUAGAGUCUGUCUUCGUCACAGCUGUGUGCAGCAUUCUUCGCGAUUGUGUUGAGGCAGGUAGAGUGCUGCCGCCGCACUCUUUACUUAGUCUGCCCAGUCGAGGUUGUUGAGCUGAAGUUGGUCCUGUCCAUGUCCUCGAGAAAGUGACCAUAUCGUUAAACAAAAGUCACGUUAAUGGAGUAUUGUCUUUAUUGUUUGUGGUCUACUAGGCCAAGGAAGAAGAAAACGCGUAAAUUGGUGCCGAUCAUCAUCUUCGUAGCUUUUGUGCCACAGUGAACGUUGAGAUACCUUAAGCCUCUAGCUGGUACCCUCAGGCCUGUCUGUACCUGUAAAUGGAUUGCGACAUGGAACAUCUUUCUUGGCUUCCGAUGAAGCACUGCGCCGCCCCCUGACCGAAGUGAACAUUGUAUUUUGGUAGUUCUAGCCUGUUGAUUCGUGCAGUGUGCUUACUUUGGUGAAGCGUUGACACACUUUGCAGCAGACACUGCUAGUGCUUGGUUACAAAACUGUAGUGCAGAAAUUGCCUAGAAAUGUCAAAGAACAUACGCCACUUCUGUCAAGGUCAAUGUCACCCUCCAUUUUCCAGCGUUGGAGGGACCAUUGAGAGGAAUGUUUAUGAACACCGGAACUUGUGAUAUCAGCUCUUCAAGAGUGCAUAUGGCACAAAUGUCAAAAUUAGUUCAAAUCGCAGGACACGCAUUACAACUGCUUGCUGCACGUAACUGUCAGUAUAGACAUACCAAUUCGCUUGGCAUUCAUGACCACUUUCCUGAGCAGUUGUAUCUUGCCGCAGGUGAAAAACAUUCAUCUGGGUGUCAAACAUUCAUCUAGGUGGAGAAACAGGCAUUUGUUUUCAUAACCUUUUUGCUUGGGCAUCUGUACUAGGGCCAAGGUACUGAAAUAUUGUGAACCAUCAUCUUGGAUAUCAAGAGGUCUGCCGCUUCGCCAACGUUUGAGGCAAACCCUGCGUCAUGUCGUCGGCCGAAGGUUUUUCCGGGCGUGCACCGUCUCGCGAGACCUUUGACGCCAGCAGCAACGCAUCAGGUCGUGCUGCCGUCGAAGCCAGAGACUUCUUGCGGCAUGACUAACUACGUCGAGGUGUCCAUCGCAUGGUUGCCGUUGCAAACUGUGCUUUUCAUCCCACUGUGGACACGAGGAACAUCAUUUGCCAGAAAGUGCCUUUUACGAACACACCACCACUGACCGAGUUGGAGGAUUGUGUGUGUGUGUGUGUGCAGAGUUUAAAACCCGAAUUUUGUGUGGUGCCGUGUGGGGGAAUGCACAUCAUCUGUGACGGGCGUUUCGAAGGAUACGAGACGACUCGAUCUUCUUUCGUUGCUUCGUUUUGCUACUUCUUUUAAGAUUACAAGUGUAUAUCGUGUUGUAGCAUAGGUGAAGUACCCAAAGAACAAAAAAAAGUGUCACCUUGUUGACAUUCAUUUAUACAUUUCCUUUUUUUUUAAUGUCACGCCCAUUUUAAGCGAUACGUUUUAUUUGUGUAGCAGUGCACAUUGCGUCACAUACAUACACUUGCCUUGUUUUUAAUCGUAAGCACGUGUUCCGUCUCGGGUGAAAGACGUGAGCGCUGCAAAUUUUUGUACCGUUGCUACUAAUGUCAGAGGUGCAUUUUCGUCGCGCUGGUGAAGCGAAACCCGGCCAGACUUGGCACAGAUUUUAUUUGCCCCCCUUGGCGGUGUUUUUAAGUCAUGCAAGCAUACUUUCUUUUUUUCAUUGUUGCCUCUGGAGAGCUGCAGAUGGUAGUCAUAAUCGUAGUGGUCGUUUCAUUUUUAUCUGCGGUGCAGGAGAGCGUUCAUUGUCGGUAUUGCGUAGAUGUGAUUGGUUGCUUUUGCACGUCUGAAAGCGUAGAAGGUCGCGCAUUUUGGUUCUGGCGCAAAUUACUGAAUCUGCAUCUAACCAUUGUUGUUUCAGUGUGCAGCAAUUGAAGUAAUAUAAAGAUGUGACUAGCAAAGAGGAUAAGCUGCGUAUUAUUCAUUACGGUUAAUGCUGUUUACUACUAAUGGUAGCCAUGGCGGCUUCUGCAUUUUGUGUUGUUUAGUCUGCACCAGCAUGAGUACAAUGGAAAUGGACACUGGACACAAAUGUUCACAUAAACGCAAGAUGUUUCGGCUCCCGCAUGGGAGCCUUGUUCACAAUGAAAAAUGAACGCUCAAACAGUCCGGUUAUGUAUGUUUUAAAAUGUGACAUAGGCAAUUUGCGUGCAUGUGUGGGAAGUUGCCAUCAUUACGAUUAAGCGUGUCCGUCGUCUGGAUUGUCAGAGAUUCGAUAUAAAGCCAAGAAGUCCAGUUCUUUUCUCUUACCGUUAUUCUCGGUAGACUGGGAUAAGGCAAAGAUAACAGAGUGGACUUCUUGGCUUUAUCUUGAAUCUCUGACAAUCCAGACAAUACACGUGCUUAAUCAUAAUGCUUAAUCACAUGCUUAAUCAUAACUUCCCACACAUGCACGCACGUUGCCUACGUCACAUUUUAAAACAUACAUAACCGGACCGUUCGCGCGUUCAUUUUUCAUUGCGAACAAGGCUCUCGUGCUGGAGUCGAAAUGUCUUGCUUUUAGUGAACAUUCGUGGUUGGUGUCCAUUUUAAUUGUCCUCAUGUCUUUUCCCAACCAGACGGGUUUCUCUCCGGCUCUUAUCUUCUGCACCAACACGAGAUGGCGAGGGUGCAGACUUUGUAAAAUUAUUCAGGUAUAUGAAGGCCGCAGAGAGAAGAGUGGUUCAUUCAUUAAACUGGCCAUUUAUAAAUUCUCUAAAUUGAGAAUCUAGAUUUUAAAAUUUUGUUUGCUAGAAUGGCCGACAAUUGUCAGAGAAGAACCAGCAGAGAGUGGUGUGAUCAUGCGCAAGGGGAUAGUUUCUGCCAAUCCUGAAGUAACCCAGAAGCAGUGGAUCAUUGGUGAGCUUCGCAAGAUAGCUGGUCCAGUACGGAACAGACCAUUCCUUGCUGGACACUGUGUUUGACCAAAACCGCCAAUGUUUUUUUCGUACAAGGCCACUUCUGCAGCUCUCUUGUAGUGUGUAUGUACAAACGCCUUUUUUUUUUUUUUCUAAAUAACAUCACGUUUUUGUUGAAAAAGUAUUGCACCAAGUAAUGUUCUCGUCAUCACAAGACGUGCGUUUUCCUUUUCACGUUCACAGUAUGCAAAUUUGCACAGUUUCAUUUCAGUGUUUCUGUUUUAUAUCUUUUUCUCGAUUCCUCGUACUUUCCACGUACAAUAUGAGCCCAUCAAAAACGUUUUCGUGAUCCCAUUUGUGCAAAUGAACGAGAGGAAAUAGCAAGCACUAUUUAUUGGUAGCAAAUACGCAAUACGAAUGUGAUUUAAUAAAGGGAAACAUAAUUUUAUGA